UCGCAGAGAAGUCUCACGUGUGGUUGAACGGUGGUAACUAAGAGCCAAAAGAUGAUUUAUACACACGUGUUUAGUUGCUCAAAAAGAAUUCUCAUGAAAAUAUGUCGUCAACAUAUUACCAACGCGAAUCUCCGAUUUCUUAAAAGUCCACAUGCAAAUUUAGGUAAACACGGGGUUAUUAGUUCGUGGCGAUAUUAUGCCUCGGGAAGCCAUCAGUUCCACCCUUGCCAUAGUGCUCGACAUAUAGGCCAGACUUCAACGUUCUGUACGUACAUACACAAUAAUAAUGGUGAUUUAACGAAGCAUAGCAUGGGUACAGUGGAAGAACAAACAUACGAUACGGACUCAGGGGCUGAAAAACGUCAAAGACAACGUACCGGGCAGGUUUUUAACAUCGACGUCCUGGUGUCACUUCUCCGCCAGGAGAACGCGGCAGACAUCUGCGUUAUCAAAAUACCUAAAGAGAUGAGAUACACCGACUACUUUGUCGUCGUCAGUGGAUCCUCGACAAGACAUCUCCGAGCAAUGGCUCAAUAUGCCGUCAAAGUGUACAAAUACCUCAAGGAAGAAAGUGACCCACACAUCCAAAUCGAGGGCAAGGAUGCAGAGGACUGGAUGUGUAUCGAUUUUGGUGACAUAGUGGUUCAUUUCAUGCUGCCUGAAACCAGGGAGCUCUAUGAGCUGGAGAAACUGUGGACGCUGCGCUCAUUUGAUGAACAGCUAAGUAGCAUCCCACCAGAGACACUCCCCAUGGACUUCAUCUAUGAAGCUGAACUCACAAAGUGAUGCAGCAGCAGGAGCAACAUGUACAUGUGGGACAUGGGACAGCUCUGCGGGACAGCCAACGGCAGCGAAGGCCAGAAUGGUGCUGCUGUGUGACGUCAGACGAGCGUCACCUUAAACUUCAAAGUCUCGUAGAGCAUGUGUGCAACAUGUUGAUAGCACAUCCAGGCCAGAGGUAAAGGGUAUAGUGCUUAGCAGAUUUGACUGUGUGUAUUAAUAACAAAGAAAUUUGAAUGUCAGAUUGCACUUAUCAUAUUUUCAACUGGCGCAUUGUGAAGAUAAUGCAGUCAGCAAAACGGAUCCAAUAGAAUGGCUGUGGCAGAGGAAAAUGCUUUACUUCGGCUGCGAGGAUUGCAUUUGGAGAACUUGCCAACUGUUCAGGUGACUUGGUUAUGUUCUUAUGCUAUGUAGCAAAUUAACCAGCUACUGAUAUUUUACAAAUGUAAGAGCAUAAUAUUCACUAGCAGGCUGCGUUCUGGGUGACAUUUAUUUCCCGGAUCAUGUACGGCAGCUUAUGUAGGCCAUUUGAAAAGACAAGUUCUCAAAGUUCUCAAAUGCAUUAUAUUGCAGUCUGCUGCAGUCUGUUGCAGUCUGCUGAUUCCAAUGUGCCAGAACAGUAUGUGAUAGCACACAUUUUAUAGUGUUCUGCAAAGUGUAUUAAUCUAUGUUUUAAUUAUGAUCAUAAA